AUGAAGCAGUUCGACUCAUUACGCUUCGUAUCAGCGGCACAACUAUGCUACCCUACGCGAUACAUUUUCCGCCAUGAAGCAACAAUCCAGAAGCGCUGGAAUAAGAAAACGAGACAGCAGAAGCAGAAAAUUCUGUUGGAUGCAUGGCCAGACAUGGCAGUAACACAUCGCCCAGACUUUGAUGCUUUCUGGCGGACCAACAAAUUUCAUGGGGGCGUAUCCGAGGAAAGUGUCAGGGACUGCUAUCUAUUACCGCAAAUCAAUCAGGAAGAUCUUCUGAAGCCGAAAACGCUGCUCUUACUACUAAACGCGCGAGGGCGUAACUCACCGCCAGAAUUCGCCGCCGCCGACUUCGAGGCAAUGAACCUAGGUUUAGCUACGAAUAAUAUGAGGUCUAUAUUCCUAACGGGAUAUACUAUGUGGAGCGAGCACUCCGACGCCCGCGACUGGGCGAACACUCGAAAGAAAUUCCUCCCUAGCUUGGGCUUGCUGAUUCUUGAGGCCCAAGAAAAGCUUAUGAAAUUCUUGGUUGCUUGUUGCCAGUAUAUACUGCACGAUAUUCCAGUCCAUAGCCUCACUGCAGAUACCUUUCCUGUUCAACCUGAGCCACCUUUGAAGACAGGAAAGGAAAUGAAUGGCUUUGAUUCUUUGGCUGUGAUGGCAGCAGAGAUGCCUUAUCGACUACCUUCCAAGCUAGAUCUCGGCCGAAUUGAGUCAGUUCUUGGCGCCAGAGUAUCCGCAGCUGAAGACUAUCUAUGGGCCAUACGGGAAGAUCCAGCAUAUUUCCUUGAGCAGCUCCUUAAGAUUAAGGAACACCGGCAAGAGCUAUUAAAGGACACUUUUGGAGAUAAAAACCCCAUCUUCGAGAAAGCUCACCAAAAGGUGUUUUGGGCUCGCGUCUAUGGUAGAAUAUUUUCGGACCUCUACCAACAGGCCCAAACACUGCGGUUACUACAGAUCAAGUAUGCGGCCGUUAUAUCACCUGCUAAAGACUUGCCUGGGGAGCUGAUGAGUGCUAUACUCAAAUUCCGUCGUUAUUUAUACCAAACAGCGAACGGCCCCCUGAGUGAACUUAAGGACGGCGUUAUUGCUUCUCCUCAAUGGCGUAAGUACUUUGUUCGCCUACCGCUACCGGACCCUACCUCAAGCACGACUCAUGCACAGCAGAAGAUGGGCGUAAAGAUGAGCACCAUUGAGCACCAGCUGUUCUGGAUUCUCCGUACGCUAUGGGACAACGGCGAUGAUCUCUUUUUUUGGCUACUUGAAACCGAACCACGUGCACAGGAAUUGGUAUCUCAGAGGAUCACCGGCAUCAUUAGUGAUCUGGCCAUCAUCUCACAUUGCAUAAGCCAGAUCGACCUAUAUCAGCCAUGGGCAAGAAGCUUUGAGAUGGCUUCAGUCAAGAUGUCAGACGAUAUCGAAGAUGAAUUUGAGAAACGAUUUAAAACAUGGGACAUAUUCGCGGAAGCGUUUCAAGAUAGAAAUCUCUUACAGGUCGCCCAGAUCGGUGAUCCUUCUGAUAGAAGAUUCGCCUACCCAUAUGAGAAGCGCCGGACUAGGCAGAACGUAGAGGAACUGCGGCGAGCUGAGCAACAUCUCGACCAGCUCUGGGCAGCGAUUGACAAGAUUGUAGAUACAAAAUGUGGAGGUCUAAAGGGUAUGGCUGUCCAUGGCGUCUUAUCCCAACCACGCAUGAUUAAACGUACACCAAACUGGGUUGACCCCCCACCAUCUACAACAAAAGCUCCAGGCCGAGAACCAGUCCUGGAUCCAAACAUUGCUGAUCUGUAUAAACCCCUUUCUACCAUCUAUAUUGGAGAACCAGCCGGAAUUACCAGCAACAAAGCUGAAGCGCUGGCACCGAAGAUCAAGACCAAGACAAGAGACGUAUCUUCUACUGCUGCCACGGGGUCAGAAACUCUCGUCACAGAUGAAGACCCAAAGCCUGAACAAAUUACCAUACCUGUCAACGCUCGCUCUCUUAAAGUAUUUCGAACAAUCUUUUUUAAUCCGACUGUAACAUCUUCGCCUGGCGAACUGUACGGAUCCGUCUGGCAGUUUCAUAAACUAGAGGGCGACCAGAGCAGAAUCCAAUUUCAUGAGCCGUAUCCUCGAGGGAAAAUACCAUUCACGACCGCCAGGAGACAUGGGAGGAGGCUUAAUAGGGCAUUUGGGUGGGGCGGAGAUACAUUUGUCCUCGAGGAGAAAUAAGGAAGGGUUUCUUCCUUCGCCCCUUGACCCGUAUUGUUACUGUUUACCUAAAAUCAAGACUCAACCAGCACUAUACCUCAACGUACCUAGGUAUAGGCUCGUCACAACAUACUGACAACGCCCCUUAUUUUAGGUGUCUCAUCUAGAUUCCUGACAACGUCAAAGACGG